ACGCUUGUGCUCGCAGCCUCCUCUACUCUGCAGAACAGGUUGCACCACAGUUGGUAGUUGUUGGCCACUGGCUGCGGAUGAGGACAGAGGUCCGCGUGAGCUCACUCUGCCCAGAAAACCAAUCAUCUAAAGGACUUUGAAGUGAAGUUGAUGUUUCGUUUGGGCGCACUUCCCUCAACAUGAGGGUCCGUACCUGACUUUGGAUAUUGGACACAGCCGCUGCCUGUUGCUACAAGUUCAAUAUCAACUUUCCAGAGUUUCGGCGAACAUAACUGGGCGCAAUUACGCACGGCGAGUACCAUGGCACCGAUUUUGGACAGACGUGCCCCGGCUUUGCUCUUGGUUUGGAGCUACUGCGUUCUGGCGGACACCGCUUUUACGAACUUUACUUUAGACAACGAGUUCCACUCCAGUUUCAUCCACCGUCGACUGAAGAGCCAGGAGCGCAGGGAGAUGCAGCGGGAGAUCCUGUCGAUCCUGGGGCUGCCGCACCGGCCGCGACCCCACCUCCACGGAAAGCACAACGCUGCCCCGAUGUUUAUGUUGGACUUGUACAACGCCAUGUCCACGGAGGGGGACGAGGACAGAUACUCCUAUCCCUACAAGCCCGUCUUCACCACCCAGGGACCCCCGAUACCCAGCCUACAAGACAACAACUUCUUGAACGACGCAGACAUGGUCAUGAGCUUUGUCAAUAUGGUAGAGCACGAUAAGGAAUUCCUUCCAGUGCGACGGCAUCACCGUGAGUUCAGAUUCGACCUAUCACGAAUCCCAGAGGGCGAGGCGGUCACUGCUGCAGAGUUUCGUAUUUAUAAAGACUUCAUCCACGAACGCAUUGAUAAUGAGACCUUCCGCAUCAGCGUCUUCCAGGUGUUGAAGGAACACACUGAUAGGGAGUCGGACCUGUUCCUGCUGGACUCCCGUGUGAUCUGGGCAGCAGAGGAGGGCUGGUUGGUGUUCGACCUGACAGCCACCAGUAACCACUGGGUCCUGAACCCCGGCAGAAACCUGGGUCUGCAGCUGGCCCUGGAGAGCACCAAUGGAGAGAGCAUCAACCCUCGUGUAGCAGGGCUGAUUGGUCGCAGUGGGCCUCAGAAUAAACAGCCCUUCAUGGUGGCCUUCUUCAAAGCCACUGAGGUGCACCUGCGAAGCAUCCGCUCAGCACAAGGAGGGGCCAAACAGCGAAACCCCAACCGCUCAAAAGGGACAAAGAACCAAGAGGCACUGAGAGUGGCCAAUGUUGCAGAAAACAGCAGUACUGAUCAGAAGCAGGCGUGUAAGAAGCACGAGCUCUACGUCAGUUUCAGAGACUUGGGCUGGCAGGACUGGAUCAUCGCUCCUGAAGGAUACGCGGCGUACUAUUGUGAGGGAGAGUGUGCCUUCCCGCUGAACUCCUACAUGAACGCCACAAACCAUGCCAUUGUGCAAACCCUUGUUCAUUUUAUUAACCCGGAGACGGUUCCUAAGCCUUGUUGUGCCCCCACACAGCUCCACGCCAUCUCAGUGCUUUACUUUGAUGACAGCUCUAAUGUCAUUCUCAAAAAAUACCGCAACAUGGUGGUCAGAGCUUGUGGCUGCCACUAGACUGUCAGCAUCUUCACAUCAAGGCACACACAUAUGCACACACUCAUGAGUAGAAAGGGCUUCUUCUUGCUGUCAGGCACCACUUGAAACACUAGGAAUGGAUUAAAAAAAGAUGAAUAUAUUUGUUAUGAACCAUCUGAGUGUCUCCCAUGUGGAGGAUACUGGUGUUUCAUUGUUGAGGUCGUCUUGAUGCAAACCCACAGUUGUGCGGCUGAACAGGAAUUUGAAUACAUUUCAGACUCCUCGCCACAUGUGCAGACACGCAACAUACAAACAAACAAACAAACACACCCAAGAACGAGAACACACACACACACACACACACACACACACACACACACACACACACACACACACACACACACUCACGUUUGUGCUUUCUACUGUGUAUACAAGACAUUAAAAGCAGUGAUUGUACUGUAUAUUCAUCCACAGUCAACAAUCUUUUGUUUAUUUCAAUAAUUGUUAUUGUAGUUGAUUCUUUUACUGUAGAUUUUAUUAUAUAUAUAUAUUUUUAUGACUGAGAGAGACUCGAAUGGAUUUUCUGAAUUUCUUCGAUGUACAAUACUGUGUAAAUAAUUUUUUUCCAAACAAAGCAAGAAGUGUAUUUAUUUCCUAGAAUGUCACUUGGGUUUGUGUUUUUCUCCUGUAUGUAAUGCUGCCUGUUUUCUUUCACAUCUUAGUACACACAAACUCUAAGAAAAUCAAAACAAAGCUGACAGAAAAAUACUCUGACACGAGCGUUCAGCUGAAACUCGAAGCGCCUCCCGUGUACAUGUGCUACACGGGCAGAGGCAGUUUAUAUUUCAUCUUUUACAUUUUUAUAGCAACAAUCAGCCUAACUGUCAGAGAGAAGGAAGACUAGAGAGAUGGAGCUUUGUACGAAGCAUCUUGUUUUGUGUGGUAGGCAUUUUCAGGUUUAUAUUCCUCUGCUGUAAUACAGUCUGUCAUAUUUAAAAAGGUCUAUUUAUUGAAAGCUGGCUAAGAUGUACAGUGUGCUCCGAUGUCUCAACGAUGUUUUACUGCUGAACUGGUACAAAAAUAAACUGGGAGAAAAGCAACAAAAAACACCUUGAGGUGUGUUUAAUCUGGAUGAAAGGCAGAAUUAAUUUGACAUGCUGUUCUUGACACAUUCCUUUGCUACACACGUUAUCUGAUGAACUGAGAUACUGAAUGUUAGAGUGUGUUGCCUUUCCGUGUGCGAUAAGAAACCAAGAACUGUUCAGUUUGUUCCUGUUUCUGUUGAGGUACAGCGUGUGUCUUUGUGGUUUAUGCCUGUGACAGGUGUGAGCGUUCUGUCUUGUGGUGGUUGGAUCUUUGCACAUGCAUUUUAAUGUACUGCAUGUUCUGUAUUUCAUCUCUACCAUAAAGCCAUUCAUACAUAUUUUUGGGCAAUUCAUUGAGAGAAUUUAUUUUACAAUUUGCAGUAUACAAUCCAAUGCAUGUGCAUAUUAUCCACUGGUUAUUGUUAAUAUCGAUUGCAUCUUGCAAAUAAUACUGCUUACAAGCUUGAUGUUUUGUCUCCUCCUUCCAGGAUGUUAAUGCUAUUUAUUUCAUGACAUAAUCUACCUCUAGUACACAGUUACCUGGUUUAUUAAGAACAAAACAUAACAGUAACCAAAAACACAGGUUUACACUGCCCUCUGCUGG